UUGAUUCAAGGAAAAAGAUAAAGCCGGCUGAUCUUUCCUCCUCGACUCGCUAACUGUCUGAUGAACUAAAUCGAGAGACCUGCAUGGUAUGAAUGUAUCGAUUUAAGCUAUAAAUGAAGUUUGCUUAAAGAAAUUCUGCAUUUUAAUGAGCUGUAAUGGUUAUGAUGUUUUACAUCAUUGGGUGCAUUAAUAGUAAACGAGUACACUCCUUGUAUUCUCUCUUGGAGUUAAGAAAUAAGAGGUGUUGAUUUUUACAAAUUUUGACUAUUGGUGCUUACACACCGUCCUUAUAGUGUAGACGAAUCUUAUUGGGUUGCCAGUUGCUAAAUUGCAGUUUAUUACGAAUGCAUCUUGCCAAACAAUUAUCAUAUUUAGAACAGGUAAAUGAAAUUUAUUUAAUUUCCCAUUGAAAAAAGACGGAGAUAGAAAUCACUUAGAAGGAGGCUGAACUCGCUUUGCGAAAAUGAAAGCAUAGGACAAAUGCACGAAGUGCUUUUGAAGUGGUUUGGACGAGAUAGAUUCUUACCUACCGGCCAUCUCUAAGCGACGGAGGAUCGUCGCGGGAAACCAUUCACGCGGACUCCUACUUUUGAUAUUACCGACAGUUAUUAAAGGUACGUUCGUAGUUAAAUUUAGCUUUGAAUUAAACACAAUUGAAAGCCAUCGAACAGUGUUUGUGUAGGUGUUAAGUCACUUUGUUUGCAGACGUUCUUUAAUUAACAUUCGAACGAGCCGAUGUGACAACAAGGUUUAAAACGAAUUCCGCGGAAAUGAAACUUGGAUAACCUGAUAAGAUUGGCUAGCACCUAAUUGAGGACGAGGAACUUGGCUUGCUUUUUUUCGAUUGAUUAAGAAAAAGAAGAAAGGGAAAAGUUGUCAAUCUCAAUUUGUUCUUUCUACAGUACCUUGAUGGAUCAAAACUCGACGGCAGCAGCUGUAGAAGCUGGAAAAUAAGAUAUUUUUAUCAUUGCUUUAUUUUCCUUUUCUCUCUAGUUUGUUUUUAAGAGGUCUGGAUUAAAACAUGACAAGUGUUCCUCGAAUUGUGAGCAUUUUCUCCAUAUUUAUUAUGGCCAUGACAACUUACAUUCUGGCAGACAGUGAAUGCCCGGAUGACAGUAACACAACGCCCCGUGACUCAGAAGGAUGCCCGAUUGGAAACAUAACGGUUGCAAUGUUCCUUUCUCCUCCGUACCUUCUGGAGAAAGACGGAAGCGACAACGGAACUCAAGGAAAUCCUUAUGGCAUUGUUUUCGACUACAUUGACGAUACUUUGUUGGAAUGCUGCCAUAAUAAGACAGAAUUCGUCACGACAAAUGACGAUAUAUUGAAAUCUGACAUAAUCUUUCCUGUCAGUGAGAGCGAUGAAACCAAUCUAACUUUCUCAGGUGUUUCUUAUACCUUCUAUGAUAUCGUCAAGGUGGAUGGUUUUGUGCUCAUUGGCCUCAUUGAUCAGUACAACGCCAAAGCAAGAGGCUUGGUGUUGAGGUCUUUGUACGACUCUUGGCCAAUUUUUGCGUUAACCUUUCUCCUCACUGGAAUUGCCGGAAUUUUCAUCUGGGCGCUGGAAUACUACGUGAAAAACGAAGAAUUUUCUUUGUCCUUUACAAGAGGUUCUUAUGAUGGAUUUUGGUGGGCUUUCAUCAGCAUGACAACUGUUGGAUACGGAGACAAAAGUCCAAGAUCGUUUUUUGGUCGUUUGUUUGGUGUGUUCUGGAUUCUCAUUGGCUUAGUCGUAAUCACCAUGUUUACCGCUACUGUGACGUCAGCUCUCACUCACAGCUCCUCGCCGGACUUUAUCAAUGCACUGGAGGGGUUAAAGGUGGCCGUGCUUAAUGGCAGUUUUGCUGAGGCCGAGGCAACCUACCUGGGAGCAAUAUCCAGUCCGUACCCUGAAUUUGAAGACAUGCAUGCUGCUAUGGUUAGAGAAGAGGUAGAGGGCUUGUUCAUGGAGAGACUCCAAGCUUACUACUUUUACAAAGAUAAAAACGUCUACGAUGGUGACAAUUUGCGAGUGUUUCACACAGUCCCUUCAAAAAUUUCGCACAAGAUGGCCUUCAAACAAAACACAACAUGCCAGUUAAUUGAGAAGAACUACUGUUUCAAACGUCGCUUGGAGAAUCCUUUAAUCAGUUCGUACGUUAGGGAUUAUACAACACCGUUAAAGGCUUUUAACCCAUCGGUGGAUACAGUUGGUCUUUUGUCAGGCAAUUCAAAAGGAACAAGUACUUUGUUACUCAGCCUGAUGGGUGUGUUCUUCGGUUUGUGUGUUCUCGGCGUCUCGGUAGAGUUGUUCUUAUGGAAAUCUGCAAGGCGGUGCACUAAGCCUGUUCCCUUUCAGACUAAACGUGAAAGAACGCCGUCUGAUGUAAAUUCAUUUCACCUGAAUACGGUUUUAUUGCAACUUAGAGGCUUCGAGGAGAAUCUGGAAAAGCUUUCCAACCAAAUACAGACAAUGAAAGAAAAUCUGACAGGUGCAACAAGGAAGACGACCCAAGAAAACGUGAAGCUUACGGAAUUCAACUAAUUAUUACUUCAGUGUAGUCAAGGCUCGAUUAUCCUGACUGGUGGGGACUGGGCUAAGCAUUCCGGAAAAUAUGAAUAUUAAUGAUCCAAAAAUAAUUCUGAAUACGUAUAAUUUAAUUAAUAUGUUUGGCACAUACGGAUAUCGAUCAUACUUAAGUCUGCCGGUCGCGUGAUUCAUGCUAUGAUAUUUAAACCCUGACCUAAAUAAAGGAAGUAUUGUUUACCACUGGAUUUUAUAAAAAAAAAUCUUACACCUGACGCAAAAAGAAACUCAUGACAUGCGUAGCAGUCAAUAAAAUAAAAAGUUAAUUUUAUUUCAUUUUUAUCGAUCGACGAAAGGUUAACUGUCGAUAUACUGCCAUCCCAUCAUGCAAGGCCGACCGAAGUAGCAAUACCCCCAGCUGUUCCAUGUUACGAAAAGUUAUGUGAACGACUUUGGAUACAUGAAAAUCAUAUAUUUGAACUGUGGUUAAUAAAUGAAGACGAGAGUGAUCUUCGCUGUAAUAAUAAACACUACUUUAGUAGUAGUGAAAAUGAAGUCUGAAGUCUGGCUGACCUUUUCAGAUUUAUCUUCAUGACUGUUUAAUUAGUUUUCAUUACGGCGAAGAUCACUCGGAUCUUUUAAAAGCGAUAUACCUCACAGAAAUUAUGGGUGACGAUUAAAGACUUUUAUGGACUUGAAAAAUAACAAAAAUCAUAAUAAACAUGAACAGGUUUCUAUUUUAGAUACUAAUGCCAAUUGAGCAUAUAUCCUAAAGCUGAAAAAGUUCUCGCAAAUAAAGUAAUUGGUCCUGGUGUUUGUAAAAUACAUUCAGUUGACUCUGCUAGGAAUAAUUGUUGUAAAUAAGUAUGGCUUGAAGACAUUUGAUUGGUUUAUAUGAAGCCUUCUGAUAAAAUUAUGGAAAUUAAGUAGUAAACGAUAACGAUAUGAUUAUCACCAUACGUCAUUUGACAUAAACAGCUUACAUGGUUAAACAUUUGAAAAAGUUACAAUUUCGUGAAAGUAAGGUCAU